AUGUUCAUUAAUAGGGGCGAGGAAUUUUCCAAACUUGACAAAGAGUUUAGCCAGAUAAUCAAAAAUACCAAAUUGAAAGUUGUCAGUUUACCGGAAACCAACAGAUCAAUUCUCCUACUACCAGCGGUAGUGUAUCCAGAUAGAGUCACCAACAAGUAUUUGAUAGAGGCUGAUUCAUUCAAAGAGUUCUUUGAUUUGAAUGGAGAUGAGUUACACCGAUUACAAAAUACAAACAAUUACAGAGACGAUGUCUUUUUGAAAGUUUAUGACAUCCGUGAAAUCUUUGAAUAUUACUUUAGAAACAUUGAACACAUUGCAGAGAUGGACCCGUUAAUCACUUCCGAUGAAGCUUAUCAUCGAAAGGUUAUUUCGCAGUUUACCCGAGAGGUUAACAUAAAUAAAUUCAUAAGAAGUCAUAAUGCAUCAUGUUCAAGAGGGGAAGACAAGAUCAAUUGUCCAGAUAUGCUUUCAUAUGGUGCUAUUAUCAGGGAGAAUACGUUCUAUGGGUUCUACAUUUGUUUCCAAUACAUUAAGGUCCACGAGAGGCUUUCAAGAAGUGAUAUUCCAAACAUCACACACGAAGUUGAAAAACUACACAAAGUUGGAAUCACACAUGGUAAACUGAUGGAGAAUAUCAGCGUUAAUGAGGACGGUACUGUCACUUUUUUUGACUUUGCUAGUGCGCAUAGACUUGAUGAGGGAACCUCCAAGUUGGAAAAGCACAGUGAUGUUUGUAAUGAUUUUUUGAGUAUACUGAGACUUUCUGGACAUUUAGAGAAGAGUAAGGAUGGCUUUAUAAAAAACCCAGCCACACGAUUACCAUAG